AUGGAAAGAUUCCCCAAUGGGACGGCCCGGGCAUUGCAGGACCCCGGCCAAGCCACGGAGGACAUUCCAGCUGAGACGGCAGCGAUUCGCACUGUGGCCCUGCAGAGCCGGUUAGUGUUGGGCUUCCUGCCGGCUGAGGAAGGUGGCUCUGGUGCCACCAUCGGCCGGGAAUGUUGUACAUACACUCCUGAUUCGUCUGAAAACGUCACUGGUUUGGCUGCACACAUCCAGAGGAAGGCUGACAGUGUGAUUGGAGCCCACACCCAGCUCCCUCAGACACAGGGAGAGCUCGGUUCCUUGCAAGGUGGUUUUCGGCACCGUCUCGGUGUGCCUCGGUGUCCGGGGUGCCAGAACGUCCAGCAGCUGAUGGGCUCGGUCGUCCCUCUCCGUGGGCUCCAUGUCUUGGUGCUGCCCCUCCUCACAGCCGCUCUGCUGAAGCCUGCUCCUUCACCACAGUGCUCCCUCCUCAACGAAUGUUGUGUUCCAGAGUCACGGAUCCGAGUAAAGGAGAACAACACACCAGGGCUUAUCAUCAGUAACAUCACAGUAAAAGUCCCUCCCGUCACCCUGGAGGAACAGGGCGCAGUAGGAAUGGUCAGGGUGGUUGGAAACACCCUACAGUUAUCCAAAUCUCUUGACUAUGAGCUGCACCCUGUGGGUCAGCUCUGGAUCACUGUGAUGGCUGUCGACCUUGACCAGGACGUGGUCUACUACAGCCUGGACCAGAACACGGACGGGGCACCUUUCUUCAGCCUGAAGACUGAAAAUACCCCUGAGCUCUACCUCACAAAAGCUUUGGACUAUGAGAAGGAGAGGAGUUUAAUGCUGCUAUUGAACGCCAAGGAAGCAGCCAACAGCAGAAACAUCAGUGACACUGUGACCAUUACCGUCAACAUUCUGGAUGAAGAUAACCUGCCCCCAGUGUUUCAGCCCUGCUCUGAGCUGCCGGGAUCCGGCCUCUGCCUGAAUGCGGUGUACCAGGGACAGAUCACCCAGUACCAGAUCGAGAGCCGACCCCUGAGGCUGCAGCCUCGGGACAUCCUGGCAGUGGACGGGGACACGGGCAUCAACGCAACCAUCGUUUACCAGAUUGUCAACGAUUACCACAAGGCGUUCAGGAUUAACACAAGCGAUGGGACUUUAACCAUGAGCAGAGCCGUUAACUGCAGUGACUCCGUCGCACUCACCGUUCUGGCCGCUCAGGAGAACGACCACUACAAGUACACCACUACCAGUGUCACUCUCUCCGUGGUGCCUGUCAGUCAGUACCCGCCCCAGUUUGUGAAGAGUGUCUACGAUGGGUCCAUACGAGCUGACUCCCCGCCGGGCAGUAUCAUCCUGCAGCCAGAUUCCAGCACCAAGCCCCUCACAGUCCAGGCUCAGGACGGUGACUACCCCAACCUGACCAGUCCUGUGCUGAGCUACACCCUCACACCGCCUGACCACUUCACCAUUAGCAGAGAUGGACUCAUCUUCACCAGGACACACCUGUUGCCUGUACAGAGCCAGUAUCGCCUAACGGUGACAGCAACAGAUGAAGUUAACGGAGAGGUUGCGUUAACAUCGGUGAACGUGCUGGUGACGGGCGCUGACGGUGGCCCGAGCAGCCGGCUGUUGAUGUACGAAGCCAAACACAUGGCAGCGGUUGGCGUGCCUCUCUCUGUGCUGCUGCUGGUCUGUCUCUGCAUCAUCUACAUCCUCCUGCAGCAGGGGGGCUGGGGGAAGCUGAGGUCGGUGGCAAAGCUAAAGAUGUUUUCCCGAAGGUCGCACUCGUCAGGGGAUGAACCCGUGCAAUUCACCAACCAAGGUUUGCUGGCGGACGGCAAGGCGAAAACACCCCUGACGUCCCUGGAGCCGGUGCAGGAGAGUGUUCCCAUUGUCACCGCCACAGCGUUGGCCUCGGUGGUGGAACCGGCCGUGGGCAGCAGCGUGAAGUCGACAGCGAGCCACAGGGGCAGCCCGGUGGAUGAGGCCACGUCUGACGGCGGCGUGAAGUCCAUACUCACCAAGGAGAGGAAGAGCGCGGACAGCUACAAGGCGGUCUGGUUCAAGGAGGACAUCGAGCCGGAGACCGACGAGGAUCGAGUGACUGAGGAGGAGGAGGAGGAGGAGGGAGGGACCGAGGGUGGAGACCGUCUCUCCUCCAGCCUGUAACGGAGCAGCUGUGGUCCAGCGAGCGUCCAGCCCAGACACACGGCCGCCACUGACCACACACCCGUGUGCUGCACCUCGGCCAGGACGGAAAUGCUGGGCGCCGCGCCCUGUCACAGCUCCUGCCCCCGAUGUCCGGCUCCCGCGACCGCCAGCAAGAAACAGCGGCAGUUUGAAAUUUACAAACCCAAAGACCCGACAGAUUUCGGGUGGCUUCAAUAUUUCAAGAUUAUCUUACUUACCUUAGCCCAGUGUCGGUCCCCACACUGAUCCCACUGCCCCGCCCUCUCCCCGUGGGGAGUCUGUUCAGCCGUGUCCGUCACUCUCUGCUACAUCAUUGCUCGUUCAUGCUCUUGCUGAAUCUGUCUUCUGCAAUAAACUUCCUGCUGAGACGCGUUCACCUUUUGGAUCGUUGGUCAUGUCACUGGAGCUGAGUUAAACUGACCUCUGGGAUGGGUUGUGUUCACACAGACCCCACACAUGGGUUUUACACACAACCUGUAUGCACACCACUACACACACACAAACAUACAUCACACCUACGUA